AAGUCAUUUCCGAGGCAACAUCCUCCUCUAGGGAUCAGCAAUUGUAUUACACUCAACUAUUGAAUAGCAAAGUAGCCCAAUUUAAUGAGCGCACAUGCAAAUAUAAAUGCAGCACCAGCUUUUAUGAAUCAGUAACAUACAAAUGACACAGUUAUUACACAGCAGUGUAUUUAAGCAAUAUACAUAUAUAUAUUCUACUUAUUAAACUCACUUUAGUUAACUAACAACAUACUUACAUAUUGUGAAACUAGUUCACAAGGUAUAUUAUUAAGCUCAUUAAUAUGGCGGGUGAGAGUUGCAGUCAGGCCUGUUGGUGGGCGGGACUAUGUUAAUCAGCAUCAAAUGGAAACAGACUAUCUUCUGGGGAGUCUCUCGUCUGAUUGGGUGCCUUUGUUCUUUCAAAAUCGAGGGGUCCUUUCUCCUUUACUGGCCCCAACUGGCCCCUGCGGGAGAGGACGCGUCUUUUACAGUAACUCCUGCUCGGAAACAUGGAGUAGCUUGAACACACGUGGAAAGAUGGCCUGUCAGAGGUUUGAUAAACCCAGCCGGCUGAGGGAGGAGCUGAGCUGCAUGCUGGUCGGUGACGGAGCGGUUGGGAAGACCAGCAUGAUCAUCAGUUACAUCUUCAACGGAUACAACAGCGAUUACAGACGGACGGCGUUUGAUGUUUUCACUGGUGUGGUUCACGUGGACGGCGUUCCAACUCGUAUCAAGCUGAUAGAUACUGCAGGACAGGAGGAGUUUGGUCAUCUUCGCUCUCUAUGCCACGCCCACGUGGACGUCUUCGUCCUCUGCUUCAGCCUGGUCCACCCCGUCUCCUUGGACAACGUCACCUCUAAAUGGAUCCCGCAGAUCCGAGCCGACAACAGAACCUCUCCCGUCCUCCUGGUUGGGACUCAGUCAGACCUUUGCCACGACGCGGACGUCCUCGUUCGCCUGGACCAGCGGAGCGCCAAGCCAGUGGACGCCAGCCGGGCCACAAAGGUGGCACGCAGGAUCAGAGCUCAGGGCUACGUGGAGUGUUCUGCUCUCACGCAGCACAACCUCAAAGACGUGUUCGACCGGGCCAUACGCGCCGCCAUCAAGCACCAGCACACCGCGGGUAGAGCGUCCACGCGGCUCGGCCUGCACAAACGCUUCAAGACGUUUUGUGAUUCCGGAUGGAGGAAAAUCUUUAGAUUAAUCUGAUUUGUGGGGGUCAAAGAGUGGAUUGUUUUUACGCUGCUAAAUGGACACAGCUCGUCUGGGGAGUCUCAUGACACACUGUGCAUUCUUCUCAAACAUUCUCCACAGUGUGAAUUUUGUGCAAUGAAACACUUAAUGAUCAUCGACAGCCUGCGUUGACAUUCAUUGAAAUGUGACAAUCUUCAUGCGAGGCCACAUCCUGCUUAUCAAGUCUUCUCCGUCCUGUCGUUGAUGUUUUAUUUGUUUGUAAUUUAAGGUUUGUAAUAAAUGCACCAUACAA